CCUAGUUCAUCACCAUCUUUUCAUGCAAUUUGCACUUCUAGCAGUGGCAGACGUAUCCCAUCGUAUCAUCGUAGUUUUCACAUUUGCAAAGUACAUAAGGUGGCUCGCGUUACCCUGAAGAAAUAGUUGAAAAUUGUGGUGGAUUCCACUCCGCCUGUGGGUAAGCCUAUCUGUAUUUGGCACACUUCCUUCUGGGAAAGCUGGUUAACGCCAUAGAAGUGAUUGUUGCUUGAAUUAUCAAGAAGAAGGGUUGAGAAAUAUAGUUCCUAUCUCGAAGAACGGUAGUGCAAAAAAAAACGGCAGUCUACUUCUCUUGGAAAAAGGAGCGCUAGUAAAGAAAAGAAAUAAUGGACAGCCCAUGUGAAUCGGAAAGUUCGUUGGACGGAGGAGUUAUGCUUCCUCCAAGUCCGGUAUCUCGAGAGCAGUUACAGAAGCGCAUCGAAAGUUUAACACAGCAAAAUAAGGUGUUGAAAGUGGAACUGGAAACAUAUAAGAUUCGUGUCAAAGUCAUACAGGAGGAGAACCGUGCCCUAAGACAAGCUUCGGUUAUCAUUCAAGCAAAGGCCGAACAAGAGGAGGAGUACAUUUCAAAUACUUUGUUGAAGAAAAUUCAGGCUUUGAAGAAAGAGAAGGAAACGUUAGCCCAUCACUACGAGCGCGAGGAAGAAUGCUUGACAAACGAUCUGUCGCGCAAAUUGGAUCAGCUGCGUCAGGAAAAGUGCAAGCUCGAACUGACACUGGAACAGGAACAAGAAUGCUUGGUAAAUAAAUUGAUGAGGAAGAUUGAAAAACUUGAAGCCGAAACGUCUGCCAAGCAAAGCCAUCUGGAACAGUUACGUCGUGAAAUGGUGGAAUUGGAAAACACACUCGAACAGGAACAGGAAGCGCUCGUUAACAAAUUAUGGAAACGUAUGGAUAAACUUGAAGCUGAAAAACGGUCACUUCAGAUUAAACUCGAUCAACCGGUAUCGGACCCGACAAGUCCUAAAGAAAUCAACCAUCGCAAUGAAAAUGGCAAUGAUACUGCCUCACAGUUGACUGCGCAUAUCCAGAACCUUCGUUCUGAGGUUGAUCAACUACGCGGAAAUUUAGCUGCUGCUGAAAAGGAGAGUAAAGAAAAAUCUCAGCAGUUCGCUCAAGAGGAAAAGUGCAUCCGCGAUGAGAAUAAACGUCUGCAACGGAAACUUCAGCAAGAAGUAGAACGUCGCGAGGCGCUCUCUCGUCACUUAUCCGAAUCAGAGUCGUCAUUGGAAUUCGAAGAAGAACGUCUAUUCAAUGAGAAUGUAUCCGCUUUCGGAGGGAGCAGUGGAAGUAUUCGACCCAUCAGUCCAGGAGGACUCUCUCGAUGCCACGCUUGUGGCCAGUUGGUCUCUCGUCGCACAAGUGAGCGAUUCAUUAAACCAGCGAUUCCACUAGGACUAAAUACCUCUGCUCCGAAUGUGCUUCACCAUCAUCAUCACAGUAGCAUUGGGGCACCAAGCGCUCCUGGUGGUAGCGGCGCUUCGUUUUCAAUGAUUUCGAGCAGCACUGGAGCUUCGGCGGCUGGAGCGGGUGGAAACAAUAUAAAUGCCUCAUUCAACAGCAGCAUCUCUUCGUCCUCAAUACACAACACGAGCAGUAACAUUUCUUGCAGUGGAAAUUCGUCCUUCGUGCAGCCGGCUAGUCCAAUGGAUACCUCAAUGAGUAAGGAUUAAGUUACACCGGUACACGAGCGACACAAUAAUACUUAUAUUGAAUAGAACGAAUAAUCAUCUCCAGUGCGGUUAGUGUGGUUGCAAAACAGUUGAAACAAUUAUUGGAAAAAAAAUAGAAGUGGAAAACAAAAGGGAGAACCCCUUAUUGUUAACGGUUAAUUAUCACUUAUAUUAAUUAUUUACGGAAUAGUCAUUUAUACAUACAUAUUUUGUAAGACAAAAUCCGAUGACAUGCGUGUGAACGAGCUUGCAAAUGUACAGAGAAGUAACAUGAAAAUAUUUGGAAGUUAAGUAUUUAUCGCUUGGAAUCGAAAUAGGUAUCGACUGUGAGAGAAAGUGUGUUGGGAUUGCUCACUGUCUUGUUGAAUCAUUAUAUAAAGAACGUACUAGAUAAAAUCGUUUGUCUCCAAAAUCCUUUUUUUCGAACUGAUACAACAAUACUGGGAAACCCAAUUAUUUAUAUUUAUGCACGGUGACAAAACACCUAACACACUUUCUAUAAUAACCCACAUUUGUUUGUUUUAUUUUUGACUAUUUCACUAUUGAUCUUCGUAUUAAACGUAAACGAACGCUGAAGUUACAAUAGAAAGUCUUAUAAUAGGGGAAAUUUAAAAUGUUGCUAGUUAUCGUAACGGAUUGGAAGUUUGGUGUAUGGAAUUGAAUGAGGUUAUUAUUUCCGCUGGAUAAUAUAUUGAAAAGUGAUAAAAUCUGAUUUGAAAUAGAUUCAGUCAGUUGUGAGGACAGUAAAACGUUGUGUCGUCAACGUAAACACAUAAAACUAUAAGCUAGUUUUAAAUGUAAUUGAGCUCGCGGUCGCAUACGACAAUACAAAAUUAUUGUUUCUAAGAAUCAAUUCAUAAAUGCCGAAUACACAAGA